AUGUUCUCAGUCGACGUCAUUCGUCUCCUCGUUGCUGCCAUUGCAGUCAUUUUUCUCGAGCCAAUCGCGGCAGAUGACACGGCAAGUCGCACCAACUUACCUGUCUUCUUCUUCCACGGGGCCACGGGCAACUCGACCAAUGGCGCGAACAUUGGGGCCAAUUUGACUGCCGAAGGUCGCGCGUACACCGCCCUCACCUUUUGCUCGAACGCGUGUUCGAUCCACACGGCUAUUCCAGAUCAGGUGCAAUUAGCUAUCAAGCAAAUUCGCGCCAUCAUCGCAAAGGACGUGGCUACCUACGCUCAUGGGUACCAUUUCUUGGCCCACUCGCAAGGCGGCUCGAUUGCGCGUGGUGUGAUUGAGGACAUGGACGACCACAACGUGCACUCGUUCAUCAGUCUUGCAGGGGACGGCAAUGGCAACUUCUUUGGUCCGCAGGCAUCAGAUGCCGUUCCUCUUCAGGUGUUACUGCAGGCUCUUGGCCCUCUCGCGAUCGACAAGGCGGACUUUGACUUUGCCAAGUACGCGACCAACUCGACGUUGUUAGACGGCACGUUUCAGCGGGACCUGAUUGAGCUGGUGACGACAAAUGGAGCAUUGCAGACCAGGAGCUCUAUUGCAAACAUCAUCAGUCCUCCUCUGGACGAAAGUGCCCUCGUGAACUGGCUCAGCAUUAACCCGUUCAUUCCAAAAGUAAACAACCUACAACAGUGCGGCACCGAUGCUGUCUGUGCGGCUGACCAGACCCGUCGCAAGGCAAACUUCGUCAGGCUCAAGGCUGCUCACUUCUUCGCCUCGCCUCAGGAUGAUAUUCAAGCACCCUGGCAAAGCUGUUUGCUUGGCAAGUACUCGACCGUUGCGACGUUGGACGAAGUGGAGACGAAGUUUGCAGACUUAACGAUCGUCUCGAUGAAAGACACGGUCGAGUACAAGGACGAUCUGUAUGGUCUACAGACCCUUGACAACGCUGGUCGUCUGUACCUCCACGAGGUAGCUGACGUGCCGCACAACUGCUGGCUGUUCGACUACGUCUCGCUGGCCUCGGGCAUUGCGUGCCGACACGCGCCUGUGUAUGGCGCUGAAGUUCAUCCUCAACUAGUGUGA